AUGUAUAGACCAGGGGAAACAGUCAAACGUCGACUCAACAUGCAUGCUUCUCCUCGGAUAAGAAGCGUGGAAGUUGCUAGAGGAAGAGCAGGUUAUGGGUUUACCCUUUCUGGACAAGCUCCUUGUGUUCUUAGUUGUGUUAUGAAAGGAAGCCCUGCGGACUAUGUUGGACUUAAAGCAGGAGAUCAGAUAUUCGCAGUUAAUGAAAUCAAUGUGAAAAAAGCCUCUCAUGAAGAUGUAGUGAAACUUAUAGGAAAAUGUUCUGGAGUCCUGCACAUGGUCAUUGCUGAAGGGAUUAGUCAUAUAGAUUCAUGUUCAAGUGAUGAAGAAGUUGGAUUUUAUGAUGGGAAGGGAUGGCUGAAACCCAAACCUGACUCUAAAGCUCUGGGAAUAAACAGAGCGGAGAAAGUUGUUGAAGAAAUGCAGUCUGGUGGCAUUCUUAACAUGAUCUUUGAGAAUCCUAAUCUUUGUGCUGGUAACUCCGAUAAAUCUGAACCAAAACAAAGAUCCUUUUCAGCUUCUGCUGCUAUGAAAUUUGAAACUGGCAAUGAAAGCAUAAGCAAUCCAAACCUACUGUCAAAGGAAGAAAUAUCCAAAGUCCUGAAUGAUGAUUCAGUUUUCAGAACUGGAUUGGAGAGCGCAGAAGACUUUGGAUUAGACGCAAGCAUUUUAAAUGUUGCCAUGAUUGUAGGCUACCUAGGCUCAAUUGAGCUUCCUUCAACGACCUCCAAUUUGGAAACUGAGAGUUUGCAGGCUAUUCGUGGAUGCAUGAGACGUCUGCGGGCAGAACAAAAAAUCCAUUCGCUGGUAAUGAUGAAGAUAAUGCAUGACUGUAUUCAGCUCUGCAGUGACAAGUCAGGUGUAGUGGCAGAAUAUCCCGCAGAGAAACUGGCAUUCAGCGCUGUUUGCCCGGACGAUAGAAGGUUCUUUGGACUAGUUACGAUGCAGACAAAUGAUGAUGCAAGCUUGGCUCAGGAAGAUGAAGGGGUUCUGAGGACAUCUUGCCAUGUUUUUAUGGUGGAUCCUGAAUUAUUUCAUCAUAAAAUUCACCAGGGCAUAGCAAGACGUUUUGGACUGGAAUGUACGGCAGAUCCAGACACAAACGGCUGUCUCGAGUUUCCAACAUCAUCUCUACCUGUUCUUCAGUUUAUUUCUGUCCUGUAUAGGGAUAUGGGGGAACUGAUUGAGGGAAUGCGCGCGAGGGCUUUUCUUGAUGGUGAUGCAGAUGCUCAUCAGAAUAACAGCACAAGCAGUAACAGUGAUAGUGGAAUUGGAAAUUUUAACCAAGAAGAAAAGAAUAAUAGAGUUCUGGUGGUUGAUUUAGGGAGCAAUCCAAGUAAACACAUUCCUAACAGCAUAUGGGAAAAUCCGGUAGGAAGGGCACAAAAUCAGCCUGCUUCCCAUUGGAAUGGCUUCUGUCAUGAACAAGAAGGAAACGUUUCUUUAGAAGUAAUUCAGAACGAUAAGUCCCAAAAUGUAAGCAAACACCUCAGCCCUUCUGCUCGUAUUGAAGUUCCACUGGUUUCUUCCCGAAAUUCAGUACCGCCAUCAAAGAAAAACACUGCAGGCGUAGGCAAUCAAAGGUGGUUGCCUGUGCAUGUUUUGCAAGAAUGGCAGCAUGGAAAUGCCAGCGACCAGGAGUCAUACACUGAUUCUACAGACGGCUGGUCAAGUGUUAACUGUGGAACUCUUCCCCCACCAAUGAGUAAGAUUCCAGCUGACAGAUACAGAGUCGAUGGCAGCUUUGGUCAGCCGCAGUUAAAAUCUCAUAAAAACGAAUGGUCUAAAAAGGUGUUUUGCAUGCAGAACAAAUUUGGGCCUCCACACGGUAUUAGGAAGUCUAAAGAAGAUAAAAAGGGUGCAAAAUUUGGACGCUCAAUGGGAUUAAAUCAGGCUCCUCCCCCACGUUCUUCUGUUCGAAGAUCAUUUGGAAGAUCUAAGCGAUUUAGUAUUACUCGUUCUCUGGAUGACCUUGAGUCAAUAAUUGUUAGUGAAAAUAAAUUGAGUAGCACCAACAAGAGGGAUUGA